AUGCCAGAAUUCAAGUCCCUCGGUGAAGUCCGCAAGGAGGCAGCUGCAAGGUCGGAAAGCAUCUUCAACAGUUUUGACACCUUGAGCAAGAUUCUCGACCGCCAUGAAGGGACUAUCCAGAGACGAUGGAUCAAGAGAACUCGAGUACAAAGGCUAAAGGUUUUGCUCUCUGCCUGGCCCGAUAUGCCGGCAUCCCACCGCCCCGAGAUCACGGUAUUUCGCAAGGAGGGUGGGGGUAGUGGAAUACAAAGCACAACGAGCCGUGAAAGUUUCAUUUGGCCAUACAUUAACCAAGAGGACCUCUUGAAGUCGAAGACUAUGCUCUUGCUCCUGAAUUCCCGAGGUCGCAACCCGCCUUCCUUAUUUGCAGCGGCCGACGACAGGGCAAUGCAAUAUGGGUUCAAUACAAAAGCCAUCGUUCCCGUAUUUGUGGGUAAAUAUGUGAUGAUUCUGAGCGGUCUUUUGGGAAACAGCCGGGAGUAUGGAAGAGUUCUGAGCGUGAAGGAAGAAUCCAACGCCUGUGGCGUUGUUACGCACCAGAAAGAAAUACCAUGUUGGCAAUGGCUUGAUCAUAUUAGAGACCCAGGAGCGACUUCUGGAAUUCCUGGUUCGAUUAUCCUUGGAUCUCCUGUGUGA